CACAAUGGAAACUGAAUACUGUUGGUAAUUUCCACUCCGGUGAGAUUGGUGUGCGGAUUUUGAAGCUCUUUCCUCUUCAGAUUCAUGGCGGCAACCCAACCACCACCACUGGCUGCGGAUCGCACCACCGGUAUGAUUUGUGUGCGUGUAAUUAUUAAUUCAAAUUUAGCUUUGGUUGGUCAAUAAUUUGUACUGCUACUACUGCCUGUGUUUCUAAAAUCAUACUAAGCCAUUGAACACACUGAUCAUGGAUGCAGAAGAGAUGCCGGCUGAACCAGAUAACUUGAAGGAUCAGGUACUGGGUACAGCAACUAUAGGUCAUUCAAGGGAGACCACUAGUCAAUCAGAAUCUUUUGGUUCUGGUGGAGAUUGUCCUUUGUACUCUCCUAAUGUGUAUGCUCCCCAGGCUCAGGCUUUCUACUACAGAGGUUUUGACAAUGGAAAUGGCGAAUGGGAUGAAUAUCCUUCAUAUGUCAAUUCUGGGGGAGUAGAACUCGGAUCUCCUGGUGUCUACAAUGAAAAUCAAUCCCUGGUCUUCCAUUCUGGAUACGGCUUCAACCCUCAGCUGCCUUAUGGACCAUAUUCCCCAGUUACCACACCUUUGCCUUCAGUAGGUGGAGACGCACAGUUAUACUCACAUCAGCAAUUUCCCUUCACUGGGCCGCCUUAUUACCAUCAGCUGGUUCCUCCUAGCUUACCAUACCUUAAUUCACCGACUCCAGUUUCUCAGCCAGAGCUCACCAAUCUGGUAGGUAUUGACCAGCAAGUUGAUAGCAUGUUUUUUGGACCAAGAGCUGGUUAUCCUUCUGUGGGAUCUUUUGGUAGAGGAAACUUUCCUGUAGCACCUGGUUCCUUUAACUUUCAUGAAUCCCAACAAGGAUUCGAUGGAUCAAGAUCUGGUGGAAUCUGGUCAGAUUGCUCAAAACCCUCAGAAAGGCAGAGGUCUUUGAUGCCUCUAUCUCCAUCUGUUUCUCCACAGCCAAUUGGCUCACUUGGGUCAUUCGGGCUGAGUGCUGGAAUGGCAUCUCAUCAGCAGCGACCAUUGUAUGGGUUUGGAUCUGGUUCAAACUCCUAUGGUAGAGGCUAUCACUCUAAUCAUGGUUCUAGCUUUGGAGACGCUGCCAUUCCCAGUCUUGGUACUAAUGAUAGAAGCUUCCUUUCCCUUGAAAAUAGUAGACGACAAGGCAGGGCAGCUGCUUCUCUUUGCAAAUGUAAUGGUGCUCUUGAUAUCCUUAGUGAGCAGAACCGUGGCCCGAGGGCCUCAAAGGUGAAAAAUCAAAUAUCAGCUGAAAAUAAUUCUGUUGAUAGUAAUAAAAAUAAUGCAUCUCCUGCCAAGUUCCAAGAUGAAUCAUUCAAUCAGCCAGAUUUUGCCACAGAUUACAAGGAUGCCAAAUUUUUUGUCAUCAAAUCUUACAGUGAAGAUAAUGUUCACAAGAGCAUUAAAUAUGGUGUCUGGGCUAGUACACCAAAUGGAAAUAGAAAGUUAGAUGCUGCUUAUUGCCAAGCAAAGGAGAAGCAAGAUGCCUCUCCCAUAUUUCUCUUUUUUUCGGUAAAUGCUAGUGCUCAGUUCUGUGGAGUAGCUGAAAUGGUUGGGCCUGUCAAUUUUGAUAAGAAUGUGGACUUCUGGCAGCAAGAUAAGUGGAGUGGACAGUUUCCUGUGAAGUGGCACAUGAUUAAAGAUGUUCCGAACAGUCAGUUUCGUCACAUUGUUCUUGAAAACAAUGAUAACAAACCCGUUACCAACAGUCGAGAUACUCAGGAGGUGAAGUUGCAACAAGGGAUUGAAAUGUUGUCCAUUUUCAAAAACUAUGAGACUGAUGUGUCCAUCCUGGAUGAUUUUGAUUUCUAUGAAGAGCGCCAGAAGGCCAUGCAAGAACGAAAGGUGCGGCAGCAAAGCAGCUUGGUGGCUGCUGGGUUAGUUGGAGAAAAUGAGCAUAGGAGUUCUGCCAACAGUACUAAUGAUUUCAUCAAACAGUUGCCAAAGAGCUUUGCUCUAGUUGUCCGCUUAGAUGAGAAUAACAACAAAGAAAUCACUGCUGCUAAUGCUAAUAGAGAUAAUUUAGCGUCUGAUGGACUCAUUGGCAAAGUGAUUAAACCUGAGGAUGUCAUUUCGGUGACUGCCUCUUCAACUCAAACCAGUUAGGAAGGGCUACCAGUUGUGCCAAUGUUGAUUGCAUUUGGUGCUUGAAAAAUCGGAGUCGUGCUUGCUUUACCUAAUUUAUUUUUCCAAUAAGCUAGUGUUGUUGAUGUAGUUUGAAGUUAUUGGAGUUGUUGAGAUUUCCAAAUGAGUUUGCAAAAGAGAAUGGUUUCAUGUAUAAUAUGUUCCUUAGAGUGCGUCAACUGAAUUGUUUGUUUUGCACUCCUUACACACUACACUUUUGCUUAUUUGGGUAGGUUAGAUUUAAAUCCCUUCCUUUUGUUUUUUUAUUAAUAAUUUUGGGUUAGUUUGUUGGACAAGUUUCAUUUGUAAAAUUUUCUGAUCUUUGUGAGCGUUUAAAUAAUGACAGCAAUUACCUUGAAAAUAA